UUAUACGACUUGCCAGGGCUCGGUCACCACCUCCCCCCUCAGAAAAAUCUCAUUUUUUGUUUGAAGACACAAUAGUUAACCAAACACUUGUGGAUGUCGUUACCGUGUUAUACAACACCACGCUUGAUCCGGUUGCCAGCUCCAAGCAAGCGGCAGUUCCUGACCAGUGGCGACAAACCGUAUCCGAUUCGGGCAGUUUCGUUAAGGGCUGGUACAACUGGAAGUACUCACAGACGCCGGGAUGGCUGCAAAACUGGUCGGAUCUGCAAGAUAUGGCAGAGAUGGUAGCGAUGUUCAUCAAGUUUUUUGGCUUACUGAUCAUCAACCUUCUGGUUAUCGCUGCCAUCCGGCGUGCUGCCAUCCGGCGUCAGCAUCUGUUGGUCACUGGGAAGCAGCGUGCCGCUCAAAACGCCGGUGAGGAACGGCGCUCUCGCAACAGCAACUACCUGUUACUGGGCAGUGCCGGCCUCUAUCUGUUCUCAACGCUGCCGAGUCUGGUGUACAAAAUUCUGAUCAUUGCCGAAACCAAUCAUUCGUACAACUUCGACAAGUCAGCCAAAAGCUUCGCCACACCAUUUUGCCAAACGUUCUUCUCGGUUAAUUAUUCUAUCAAUUUCUUUCUGUAUUUAACCGUCAGUGAACGAUAUCGGGUGCAGUUCAUCCGCCUCUUCGCUGGUGUUUUCUGUCCAGAAGGGCUCAGGAGACACGUCUAUAAAUACAGAGACAGCAGCCGCAUUUGUGCUGCGAGCGUCAGAAAUCCGCAGGCUGCGGCUGACAAGCCGCAACUCAUCCGAAUGAAGGCCGUCGGUGCGGUGGAAGAUGAGGACCGUAACCGCUGCGAGCUUGAUGUUCUGCGCAGGGCACAAAGCGAAAUGACAAGAAAUUAUCGGGAAAGUGAGAGCACAUAACUGCGAAUUAAAGAACCACUCAUAGGGGUUGUUGAAUCCUUUUGCCAGGCAAAGUGUUUCUGGUUUUGCAGAUAAUACGGUAACAAAAAUUUCGAGUACGAGUGUAUUAUGUCAUGCAAGAUUUACUUGCUUUCAAAUAUGUAGAAUGCUACCAUAUAUGCCAAUGGCGCUUUGCUGCUUGUAUGGCUGCGUUCCCGGCUUUAAAUGAAGAGAAAAUUUCUGAAAACUGA